CCCUCCUCUAGUUCUCCACCCACCAGCCGACAGAGGAGACACGACUCCGCCGAAGCUCGUCAGUCAUCUAAACAUAUGGCAAAAACAGCCGCCUUUCUUUCUUAUAUCAUUGUGCCCACUACUCUUUAAAAAUUCCGCCGAAAAAGAGAAGACGAUUUUCCAAAUCCUUCUGGCCGUUAUCUCACGGCUCCCCUGUCUCUGUACAGGUGUAUGAGUGCUACCCAGAGGGCCUAGGGGCGGCUCUCUACCGGGAGCACUUUGACUUCAACGCUGAGCCACCUUGGGAUCCUAGCUGAUAGCAGGACAGGUCCAUCUCCUGACUUGUCCAUUUUGUUGCAUACCGGCAGGACCCCAUUGGCUCAGUCGUGACCCCUUGACUUGUUUAUCUGUUCUUUAUGAUUGUCGGCUUAACUGAAUACGGUUGAAAUGAAAGGACUCACUGACAAACCAGAUUACAUCAUUGAAAUCCUGGAGGGAGGAGUGACCCUUGAAGAUGUUAUUGAUGGACACAUUGGCAACCAGACUCUGGCAGGAAAGAGAGCAUUUGUGGUGGCUGACCUCGGUGCCAUGAUGCAGCAGCAUGUGUGUUGGCAGAGUAUAGUGCCACAGCUGCAGCCCUACUAUCCAGUCAAAUGCAACAGCAGCCCUGCAGUCAUCGAGGUGCUUGCCUCCUUGGGCCUGGGUUUUGUUUGCACCAGCAAGACUGAGAUGAGCCUGGUGUUGGAGCAUGGCGUGCCACCAGAAAAUAUUAUUUUUUCAGGGGUAUGCAAGCAACUGGCGCACAUUAAAUACGCUGCCAAGAACAACAUCCAGCAUCUUGUGUGUGAGAACGAAGCCGAGUUGUCAAAGAUUGCCCGCCUACAUCCUAGUUCAAAGUUACUACUGCAGUUGACCACAGAGGCUCACGCAGCUGAGACCAGCAUGGCCUUUGGCACCUCUCUGAAGAGCUGUCGGCACCUGCUGGAAGCUGCCAAGGAGCUGGGUAUCCAGGUGGUGGGUGUGACCUUCCACAUACCCAGCUCCUGCCAAGACCUGCAACAGGCCUACACCCAUGCACUGUCAGAUGCCCGCUGUGUGUUUGACAUGGGGAUUGAUCUUGGGUUUAACAUGCGCUUCCUGGACAUUGGUGGUGGAUUUACUGGCUCUGAGUUUCAGCUCAAACAAGUUGACUCUGCAGUCAGGCCACUGCUGGAUGCUUACUUCCCUCCACUGUCUGGUGUGCAAGUGUUGGCCCAGCCAGGCACCUUCUAUGUGGCCUCAACUUUUACUCUGGCUGUCAACGUGAUUGGCAAAAAGGUGGCACCCCAUCACUGGGACAGCUUAGGUCAAGAAAACACAGAGUUCCUGUACUACGUGAACGAGGGUGUUUAUGGCCCAUUUAGCUGCAAGUUGCUGGGAAACUCUAUCGCUGCCCCAUCAGUGCACAAGCAUGUGUUGUCUGCUGAUGAGGCAGUGUAUCCCAGCAGUCUAUGGGGCCCAUCCCUGGACCACCUGGACCAGGUUGUUGAGCGCUGCCUCUUGCCUGAGCUCAGUGUGGGAGACUGGCUGCUUUUCUCUAACAUGGGUGCAUAUGGCCUAGAUAACAUCACUUGCCUGUCUAGCUCCUCCCAGCUGCCGGUCUAUUACACCAUCUCCACCUCUAACUGGUAUGAAAUGCAGGAGGCUGGUGUGGCUCUGGACAGUGCUGUGAAGAAUUUCUGAGGUCUAUUAAAGUGCGCGACUACCCUCGGUCUCUGUCCUGAAUUAUGACGCAGGUGCUCCUCAACAUCCACUUUUGUCAUCUGAGCAAAGGGGAAUAAUCUUUUGGCCACUGGGGUAAUGUGGUCAACAUUCCAGCCACCCAGGAAAAAAGCGAGGUCACAUUGCUUUUUCUCACAAUGGGGAAACAAUUGGUUGAUUGAUACCUCAUAUCAAAAAAAUUGGAUUAUCUGGAAUACAGGCUUUGCUCCUCCCUCUGAUAAACUCAAAGUUUGUCAGCUGAAAGCUCCAGCCCAAACCCGGAUGACAUUAUGCAACAAAAUGGACGACUCAGUGGAGAUGGAACCCCCCACAUGUUUGAGGGGGGUUGUUUCCUACAUCAGAUCCAGUUUACAAAAUGUACAAUUGAUCUAAAUCUUGUUCGCUAUCGAUUACCUGUUGACAGCUGUGUAAAUUCUGUAUCCGUUCAACAAACUUAAAUAUAUAGAUGAUUUAAAUGUAAAUCAUUGUCUCAUGUGGAUUCUGUAUUUCAAACCCCUCCCUCUGCAAAGUUGAAAUGACGAUAAUAUGACCUAUUUCUCUAUUGUAGUUCACCUCAAUGCAUUUUUAUUUAUUGGAUUCAGAUACUACUGGGGCAUGUUUAAAGCUCCGACUUUUAAGUGUGUUGGCCCAUAUAUUAUGCUGUGGCUCAUCCAACAGUGUUUUCCUGAUAGAUGUGUUUUUUAACGCUACAUGGAUUGUGUGUUUUGUGGUUGCCAUUUGUGACCUCUGUGAUUUCACUUUACUCAAAAGGCAUGAAGGAAUUGCUGUGGGAGACUAUUUCUACACUGACCUAUAUGUUGAAUGCAGAAAGCCUGCAUACACCCCAAUGCACUCCAUGCCUCGAUCAGAGAGAGGUUAAUCUGGUUUAAAAUGCACAAAAUCUUUGUUAGGUUAAAGAAAUACUGUGAGAUUUAUUAACAUAGUCCUGUUUUUUUUUCUCUUAAGAUCUUCAAAUUUGAAUAUCUCGUCAAGGGAUUGCUUUUUGCUCUCCCUGGAUCUGAAAAACUAGGAAAGAACCUAUUUUUGAAAAGUGCUGAAACAUGAUCCAUAUUUGACAGAUAUAGGCUUACAUGUCUAUCUCUAAAGACAUGUUAGUUGUACACAGAUCUCUGAGGCAGUGCAAAGUAUGAUCAGGCCAGACCCUUCUGUGCUCUUCUCUAAUGAUACGAGGUAUUAAAUGCACAGUCUGUAGUACAGCUAAAUGAUUCAUGUCUUGCAUUGAAAGUGAUCAGACUUAAUUACAGUUUUUAAGGAAUCCUGCCCUUGUGUGACAAAUGUAUUGAUUACUUGUUUGUCAAGGCACUAAUGGACCAUAGCCUGUUUUGACUGUAAAUUGUUCUUGUUAAAUCAGUGAUUAAUUUAAUACAUUUCUGACAAAUAA